AUGCAGGCCCCUGUGGUGGUUAUGAACACCCAGAGUGGUGAUAGACAAACCGGAAGAAAAGCUCAGCUCUCGAAUAUCACUGCGGCGAAGACUGUCGCAGACAUCAUCCGAUCAUGUUUAGGACCAAAGGCUAUGCUCAAGAUGUUGUUGGAUCCGAUGGGAGGUAUUGUGUUGACAAAUGACGGCCAUGCCAUCCUGCGAGAAAUCGAGGUGUCGCACCCUGCAGCAAAGAGCAUGAUCGAGCUGAGCAGAACACAAGAUGAGGAAGUGGGAGAUGGGACUACAACAGUCAUUAUUCUGGCUGGUGAGAUUCUCGCCCAGGCUCUCCCCCAAUUAGAGCGAAAUAUUCACCCUGUUGUGAUUAUCUCUGCCUUCAAGAAUGCGCUCAAAGAUGCUCUUGAGAUCAUUGACGAAAUCUCCUUGCCUGUCGACAUCAACGAUGACAAGGCUAUGUACCAACUGAUUUCCUCCUCUAUUGGCACAAAGUUCGUCUCAAGAUGGUCGGAACUCAUGUGUAAUCUUGCACUCAAGGCUGUCCGAACAGUCACACAUGAUGUUGGUGGCGGCAAGAAGGAGGUCGACAUCAAGCGCUAUGCACGAGUUGAGAAGAUUCCAGGAGGUGAAAUUGAAGACAGUAGGGUCUUGGACGGUGUCAUGCUCAACAAGGAUAUCACACAUCCUAAGAUGAGAAGACGGAUAGAGAACCCAAGAAUCAUCCUGCUGGAUUGUCCAUUGGAGUACAAGAAGGGAGAGUCCCAAACCAACAUCGAGAUAACCAAGGAAGAGGACUGGAACAAGAUCUUGCAGAUUGAGGAGGAGCAAGUUAAGAUUAUGUGUGAUGCUAUUCUGGCUCUGAAGCCAGAUUUGGUUAUUACUGAGAAGGGAGUCUCUGAUCUUGCACAACAUUAUCUCAUGAAGGGUAAUGUGACUGCUCUUCGCCGUGUCCGAAAGACAGAUAACAACAGAAUAUCUCGAGCAACCGGCGCAAAAAUCGUCAACCGCGUGGAUGACCUGGAGGAAUCUGAUGUAGGAACAAACUGCGGGCUCUUCGAGAUCGAGAAGAUCGGCGACGAAUACUUCACCUUCCUCACGAAGUGUAAAACUCCCAAAGCAUGCACCAUUCUGCUCCGAGGACCAUCCAAAGACAUCCUGAACGAGAUUGACCGAAAUCUGGCAGAUGCUAUGUCUGUGGCCCGUAACGUCAUGUUCCACCCCAGAUUAUCACCAGGAGGUGGAGCCACAGAGAUGGCUGUCGCUGUUAGAUUAGGACAAUUGGCAAAGAGCAUUGAAGGUGUUCAGCAGUGGCCAUACAAGGCUGUUGCUGAAGCUAUGGAGGUCAUCCCAAGAACGCUGAUCCAAAAUGCUGGUAAAAGCCCUGUCAGAGUUCUCACUGCUCUCCGAGCAAAGCAUGCAGAGGGUGGUAGCUCUUGGGGUAUUGAUGGCGACAAGGGUACACUUGUGGACAUGAAAGAGUACGGUGUUUGGGAGCCCCAGGCAAUCAAGUUGCAGAGUAUCAAGACUGCUGUUGAGGCCGCCUGCCUGCUCUUGAGAGUGGACGAUAUCUGCAGCGCAAAAGCUGCAAGACAGGCAGGUGGUGGAGCUCCAGGUGGCGGCGAGGAGUAG